GGAAAGAUUUUGAUAGAAUUGGUGGUGACGAAGGGUGGAUAUUGGAAGAGUUUCAGAAGGGGGGAGAACAUGUGAAAGUGUUUCUGGAUCAUAUCAGAAAGGGAGUAGAAUUGGUGUUGGAUAAUAAAGAUGCAUUGUUGGUAUUUAGUGGAGGACAAACAAGGCUUUCCGCCGGUCCAAGAAGUGAAGCGCAAAGCUAUUGGGAAGUUGCACAAUCACUAGAGAUUUCACCAAAAAAUAACUUAUCAUUCGUGAGCAUGACGACCGAAGAAUAUGCUCGCGAUUCAUAUGAAAAUUUGUUGUUCUCUAUCUGUCGUUUUCACGAAUAUACGGGACAUUAUCCAAUAAGUAUAACCGUUGUAGGGUUUCAAUUUAAGCGAAAGAGAUUUGUCGAAUUGCACCGAGCUGCUAUAAAGUUUCCAAUGAAAAGGUUUAAUUACGUGGGGAUUGAUCUUGAAGACAGGAUGUUAUCCGAUCAGGCUGCUUAUCAGUUUCGGAAAGAUCUUUAUGGAUGCCAUGGAAAACUUCGACAAAAAAAGCUCCAGAGAAAUCCAUUUAGGAGGAG